AAAGAGACAUCUAUACUUUUGAACUGGAGUUUAAAACACUGUACAAAAGCAGAGGAACCGUUUUCGGACCUUAACUUUACUGGCAGGUGUAACUUGUAAGCAAUCACUUUAGAUUCAGUUAAGGUUCCCCUUGUUGACCCAAGAACAGAAAUGGGCACAGCCAUGCGAUGCGUUUCUGUCCCGUGAGACGUUUCAGAGACCACACAGGAUCCAUCAGAACAGCAGGCUCAAUGGCAUGGAACUCUAUAUUGAAACAAAGACUGCAGCUCCAAGUCACAAACCAGAGAGGGGUCUCACCUCUUGAAACAUUUCCAAUACAUCAACAUGGAUCAUCUUCUCCAAACACUGAUGCCUAUAGCAACGGCAUGCUUCAGGGGAGGUCCUUUAAAGGUUCAAGAAACCUCUCAGAGAAAACCUCCAAGAAAUCAUUCACAGGCAGAAAAGCUCUGCUCAUAGCAUGUGGUGUGCGAUGUGUCCUGUCACCACGACCCUCCAACUGCUCCACAUCAUCACCUCAUAAAGACGAGAAAGACAGACCUCAUUCCUCUUCUGCAAGGAGACAGAAAUGCAGUAGAGACUGUUUUGAAAAAGAGAGUGAACUGAGGGUAUGGGAAUCAUACACUGCGAUAAAAAGAACAGAGGACAGAGAGAGGGCGAGGAGCGGUAUACACAGACAGAGAGUCCCGCUGGAUUCAACCCACCGGCCUUCCACUGUCCCACUGGAGAAUCAGAUGAGACGCCGGGCACUAAGCACACCAGAAACUCCCAUGUGUAAAAUUGUCUGGAGAAAAAAAGAUGACCAAAAUGUCCUUCAAGAUACACAUGCUGAGGGCAAUCUUACCACAUCACUACAUCUCUUCCUGCCUUCAUCGUACCAUCCGCAGGACCAGGGAGAAGACACAACGGCGGGACAGGAUAAUAGCAGCUCAGAGGUGCACGAGAACCAACACGUCACGGAGGAACUCGGAGAGCAUGACAUCACCAUGGAGAGCCAAAAACAAGACAUCGCCAUCAACAAAACAGAAGAUGAAGAACAAAAUGAUUUCACAGAUAUCACACGAUAUGAUAUUACAGAGACCUGUCGGAAUGACACACAGAACGAUACUCCAGAGGAAACCUUUGAGAGUGACAUGAUGGAGGAGAGGCGCCAACAAGACGAAAAUAGACAACGAGAAAACACAGAAAGUCAAUUUGACAUUGGCAGAUCUUAUAAUAUCCUUGAAGACAAGCCAGAAGCAUCCGUCACAGAGAAGACUGAAGGCAUAUAUAGGAGGAGUAUAUCGGUUAGUAGUUCCUACAAAGCGUACAAUGCCAAAACACGUUUUUCGGCCACAGCCACACCUCUAACGUUCCCGUCCACCCAGACGAACAGAAAUCCAUUUCCCUCUGUUAGCGUCCUGCCGUCGUUUUACAGAACUUCAUUUGGCUAUCGCUUGACGUCUGAACCCUGCAGAUCCAAAACAAGGACCAGAACAGCCUGUGAUGACAGCAGAUUUACCCGGCAGAUGAAUGACAUGCGACAUACCAUAGAAAUAAAAGGAAAUCCCUGCUUAUUAAAAACAAGAACUGGAGCGUCAGAAAGUCCCCACCCCAAAAUAAUGAGCACCGACAGGGGGUCCCAGCCUAAUAAAAUGAAAACUACCAAGACGUUUUUGUGGGGACCGGAGGGGCCCCAAGAGACUAAGACAGUGUGUGAGCUAGAAAGUAUUGUGAACAGGUGGAGAAGCCUGGAUUAAGUCUGAGAGUGAAAGUUGUGUGUGGCCCUUCAUGCCUUUCCAAUAGAGAAAAUCUGCUUUGCAAAAAAACUGUGACUGAAUCAAAGUAGUUCAGAGUGGGACGUUAAACCACUUUAGGGUUAAUAAACUCAAAUGUCUUAUGACAUUUUGAGAAGAAGGGCUGCACUGUUCUUCUUUCAAUAUAGUCCAGCAAAGAAGAAUGAUAGACUUUUUAGGAUUUCUGACACCCAUCUGGUCUUUCUCAGUGAAUGGUAUUGAUGGCGACUAUUAUGAUUCAUUGAACAUUGAAUUCCUGAGGGCUUUGGUGCUUUUUAUUUCUUUCUGACUUGAUAUAAAAAUAAAAAAGCUUUU